GUCCAAUCGAUUGCAAUCGUCCAAUCAUUGGCAUGAAGAGCAAUUCCCUUCUUUUCCUUGCCAGCUGCCGCCUAAUACACAUCACAUCACCUCACCAUCGGAAGCUGGACCGUCUUCUGUAUCUUGCAUCGAGAUCAAUAAAGGCUGCCCGCUCACACACUCCGCCAUGGCUCGGAAGAAGGCGAUCCAGGAGAAUCCCCAAACCGACAGCGCACUCUUCAUCCCGCCAUUGGAGCUGCGAACCAACAUCUACCAGCAACUCUUCCGCAUGUCAACGCUCGACCAGCCGCUCAAUCUGAUCAAAGUCCCGAAAGAGCAAGCGCGGAAGAAGCGCCCGACCGUCCUCUCCGUUCUUCUGACAUGCCGCCGAAUCCAUCGCGAGGUGGAAACGAUCUUCUUUGCGAUUAACCACUUCGCCUUCGAGAUGUCCGACGUCGCAUCGAGUCUUUCUUCCUGGUCUCCUUCCUCGCUCAGGCUGCCCACGCCUCGCCUCGAGAGCAUCCGCACAUUGACGUUGAGCUCGGUUCGACAGCAGCGAGCCACGUGGUUCGUGCGGCACAGACUGCAGCAGAUGCCGCAGCUCAAUGUCCUGACGUUCGACGUCCAGCAGUGUGACUUUCGGCACAUGGCUGCAACUCAGAUGAUACAAGAGUAUCGCCAGCUAGAGGGCGUACCAGGCUAUACGAAAGAGACGCUUGCACAACUGGGUGGGAUGGACAUGAUUAGAUAUGGUGGAUGGCUUGAUGCUGGAGGGAUCAAGGUCGGGGUUUGGUGCGAGGAGUUCAUUGGGAAAGAGUAUGUGGCAAUUCUUAAGGGAAAGCCACGAGUGCGACCCCCUGAGUCGCGCAGCGGGACGGAUGAGAGACCGAGAGUAGUUGUUUUCUGCAGGAGAACAUGAGAGGCGAAGCACCAGCUCGCUGUUUUUCGGAUUUCGGUUUCGGUUUCUAGUAUGAGGUUCGGUGGUGAGUGUGUAUUUCAACCAGUUGUGGACUCCGCGCAAGACUAGCAAAAAGUUAAGCGCAAGGCUUGGGUUGAAACCUCACUUCAAGUCCAUUUGGGUGCAAAAUUCACUUCAAUGCACUUGCGCUAAGAUUCACGUGCGUUUCACGUGCAUUCGUUAUUAACAGGGAAAGAACGAACUAUCGUGUUCUUUCCCGAUUCAGC